UUGAAUAGGCAUUAUCCUUUAUAGUAUUAAUGUUAUCAUUGUGGUUUAAGGAGUAAGCAUUAAAAUGUUUGUCACUCCACUGCAGAGAGAGUUGCCAACUGAAUGUCAUGCAUGUAAAACGAGAACAAGAGCCUUUAAAUAGCAAGACUAUCAAUUUAGUAACAAUUUAGUGUGAUAAAUGGUAGAAUACACAACAGUAAUGCAAAUCUGAGUGAUUAUAGCAUGCAUCUUGUGAUAUUAAUAUUGAUAAGGUACAAUGCAGAAAAGCAAAUGAACACAUUCAGCUUUUAAGUACCUUAAGCUGGUUUGAAAUGGAAGAGCUGUUUUCUGUUAUGUAGUUUAUGCUUUAAAAAAAAAGGUGGGGGGAGGGAAGAAAAGUUAUUUACGAGCAUUUAUAUUCUUCUCUGGAUCUAAAAAUUCCUUUAUGUAGCAGGAUGCUUUCCGGUAUUUGCUUUCUCAGUAUGUGGAAAGGCAGAUGCUGCUGCAGCAGGUGCAAUUACACUGAUUUGCAGCACGGGAGGAAAAAAAAAAUCACAAAAUUAUGUUCUGACUUUCUACCUCUGCUUAAAACGGAUCAGCCAUUUACCUCUGUUUUGGACUUCUUGAUGGAAGAGAUGAGAUAGGGAAGUCAAGUUUGUUCAACAAAAGGAGUGAAGACUCUUCCCUUAAUGGUGCGGAACCAACUUGACCUGUGAUUUUGAGCAACAUUUGAAAGAGCUAGUAUGGUUAUAAUUUGCAUAUUAGAAAUCAGAUUUAACCUUCUGCGUUGUAAGACUCCUGAUUUGUGACCAGCUAGAAUUACAAUCACGUUUCAUUAAAGGUGCUGAUGAGUACCCAGGACUCUGAAGACAGCAGUUUUGUGCAAGAUAAGAAUGUUUCUUAAAGAAGCUGAUGGCGGAUAGAACUCCAGAGUUCUUGGCAGACACUGACAGCAUAAGAUGGCACCAUAGUCUAGUCUGAAAUUCUGUUAUGGAGUCAAUGGAUGAAGCUGAAGGACAACAAGGACAGCUGAACAGGAAGGAGCAGUCCCUGAAAACCUUCCAGAAAACAGCACUGCUUGGUUGGGCUGCCCGGUGGAAUGGAUUACUGCCUGGAGACAGCAUGUAUCUGUUUGUCCUCUCCCAGAUACUGCUUCUCUGCAUGAUGCUGUGGUACAGCACUUACGGGACUAUCCCAGCAGCUCAGAAUGCCUUUGACCUGCUGUCUUACUUGCUUACCCCAUUUAAACAGCUUUUGUCAGAUCAAGGGGAGGAUCUGACUAGAAUUGGGAGCAUUGUGGUAUCAUACAUCCUGCUGUCUUUAGCUUCUCUAGGACUGUUAUUUGUAGGAUCUCUGUUUUGGCAUCUACUCAGAGCCCGUCCAGAGCCCCCCUUUCCACUACAAGAGGACAGACGCCAAUCUGUGAGCCGGCAGCCUUCAUUCACGUACUCAGAGUGGACAGAGGAUAAAAAUGAGGAUGACUUCCUAGAUUUGGAUCCUGUACCGGAGACUCCGGUCUUUGACUGCGUAAUGGACAUUAAAGUGGAGACAGAUCCAGCUACUCUAACGGUUAAAUCCGUGGGCUUGCAAGAAAGGAGAGGUUCAAAUGUUUCACUCACACUGGAUAUGUGUACCCCAGGCUGUUCUGAGCAAGGUUUUGGCUAUGUUAUGUCACCACGGGAACAGUCAGCUCAAGAAUACCUCCAGACAGCAUCAAACAUCCUCACUGAAGAGGAACUGCACAAGAAAGCACUGGAUCCUUUCAUACUCCAGGCAGAGUUCUUUGAAAUUCCAAUGAACUUUGUGGAUCCAAAGGAAUAUGAUAUUCCAGGCUUAGUGCGUAAGAAUCGCUACAAAACAAUUCUCCCAAAUCCUCACAGCAGAGUGUGCCUUACCUCAGCUGAUCAGGACGACCCCCUUAGCUCUUACAUCAAUGCUAACUACAUCAGGGGCUAUGGAGGAGAGGAAAAGGUAUAUAUUGCUACUCAGGGACCGAUAGUUAAUACUGUCAGUGAUUUCUGGAGAAUGGUGUGGCAGGAGCGUUCUCCCAUCAUUGUCAUGAUUACCAAUAUAGAAGAGAUGAAUGAGAAAUGCACAGAAUAUUGGCCAGAGGAACAGGUCACCUAUGAAGGAAUAGAAAUCACAGUUAACCAAGUCAUACAAGCAGACGAUUACCGUUUGAGGCUCAUCACCCUAAAGAAAGGAGAAGAAGUCAGAAACCUGAAACAUUACUGGUACACGUCUUGGCCAGACCAGAAGACACCAGAUCAAGCCCCGCCUCUGUUACAGCUAGUACUGGAAGUGGAAGAGGCGAUGCAGAGUGCAGAAGAGAAGAAUGCCCCAGUGAUUGUUCACUGCAGUGCAGGCAUCGGGAGGACUGGCUGCUUUAUUGCAACUAGUGUCUGUUGUAAACAGCUGAAGAGCGAGGGCAUAGUUGACAUACUGCGAACAGCCUGCCAGUUGCGGUUAGACAGGGGAGGAAUGAUCCAGACUUGUGAACAGUAUCAAUUUGUCCAUCAUGUCAUGAGCUUGUACGGAAAACAGCUUUCUAGAGCAGCAGAAGAAUAACUGUUUAUGAUAUUCCUAAAGGCUAAAAGCAAGAGAACUUCUGACUGCAUUCAUAGAUAUUUCAGAUCUGAUAAGAGACACAUGGUAACGUGAUUGUCUUAGCUGGAAAGAAAGAUAUAUUAUUUUACUUUGAUAUUGCUUUUAUGCUCUUGUUUGCAUUGAGAUUUAAGAGCUGAGGUAGGCCUUGUCUUAAACAUGUGUGACAGGACAUAAUCUUCACCAAAAAAGGCUUAUUUAUACUGUAAAUAAGAAGAGUAGCUUCAUUUGUUACAAAAGCAAGGAAAAAAAUCAGAAAAAAAUCCAAUGUCUUCAGUUUGCUAUUUUUAAAAAAUGAUCGCUAAUAUAUCCAAAUACAGUGUGAAACUUUCUGAAUUGUCAUGCUGAAAUGUGCUGUAUGUUGACUAAGCUUGAAAGUAACUUUUUGCCUCUUUCUGAUUGUUUUUACAUAUAAAAUUACCGAAUACUGUGUAUAUCGUAAACCUUCUGAGCCUCUGCGUUGAAAGAUUCAAGUAGAUUCAUGUUGAAAUGAUGUUUUGUACAUCAUGUUUGCUUGUUUAUUUUUUCUAAAGCAGUUCACCACCAGUGUUAUCAGAACUAAGGGGGAAAAAUAUUGCAAUGAUCUGAGUCAUAUUCUUACCUCCGAUUCUUACCAGCAAUGUACCCCAGUAUCCUGACAGCUAGGUGAAUCUGAGGUGAUUAGUAGGAGUUAAUCUGAACAUAAACUCUUUACACUUUGCCUUUUCUUUGUCAACGUUUUGGCACCUCAGUCUGUAAUCCGAUUUUAUUUUUGCACAGCUUCUCCUUUUAUGUAAUCAAACCUCAAUCUGAAUACAAUUUCCCUGAAAUUAGAGGUUUGAAAUCAGGUGAGGAAUUUUGUGAGUUAAAUUAUUCUUUAUUUUAAAAGUAAUAAUAAAGUUACUUGUAUUCUAUGAAUUUAAACUUGUUUCAAAGCUUUGAGGAUGACCAGGUGCCCAGUGCUCAUUAAAAUUAACACAAAUCCUUUAGGCAGCUUUUAAAAAAAAAUCAGUCUGAAUGUGUUGGCUGCGUUUGGAUAAAUUUGCCCUCAAACCAAAUUUAGACAAUCAUUAUCCUAUUCUAAUCACUAGUCCAGGCAUCGGUGUUUCCUUUUCAAUAGUACAGACUGCUGUACAUGCUUUCUUUUUAAACCUCAGUCAGGAUGUGAAGACUGUAGUUUGUGUUUAAUGCUUAGAGGUAAGGACACAUUUAAGUGCUUUAUUGAGCAGCAAAGAAUGGAGGUACACAGGACCGUUAACAUAAAAGAUGAGUGUUUUGUGAAUAGAAGCUGUAAUACUAAAAAUAUUCUUGCUUCUCUUCAUUUGUAUCAAUAACCAAACCCACCACUCUUAUUAGUGCAUGAGAUUCUGAGAAUUCACUGCACUUCCUAAUCAGGAGAAGGUAAAGCAGCUCUCAGAAAAAAUCAGGAGAAGGUAAAGCAGCUCUCAGAAAAAAUAAGGGCCGAUCCCGCUCCCACUGAGGUUUUGCCAUUGACGUCAGUAGGUGCAGAGUGUAGGGCCUGAAAAGUUAUGCCUACAACUUCAUCACUGUGGGGAAAGUUUCCCAAUAUUUCAGCACCCAUCCUUUAUGUUUAUUCUGUAUCCAUGAACCUGUAAAAAUCCUGUCAGCAGGGUUUGCAUGAAUGUGUGGCAAAAUGUGUUAUCUUUAAACCACUUGAUUUUAUUGCUGUAUUUAAAAUAUUUCCUUCAGUGAGAAGCUAGCGGGAAGAACUGGCAUUCUUUUUAAAAAUACUGGUGGUAGUCAUUAAAUAGAGCAAUAAACUUAAGCUUUUGAGCAUAA